AUGGCCAUUAAGCUUGAUAUGUCAAAGGCCUAUGAUCGUGUGGAGUGGGAGUUUUUAGAGACAGUGAUGCAAAGGAUGGAAUUUUGUGAAAAGUGGGUAAAACUCAUUAUGAAGUGUGUCAGGUUAGUGUCUUAUUCUGUAUUGAUAAAUGGGAAGGCAGGAUACAAAAUUAAACCUACAAGGGGAUUAAGACAGGGUGAUGAGGCUGAGCAAAUCUUAAGUAUACCUUUGAGCAAAGGUAAUGCACAAGACAAGAUUAUAUGGAGGCCAUCGAAGAAGUGUGUUUUUACGGUCAACAAUGCUUAUCAUUUGCAAUUAGAAAGACUAAAGAAUAGCAGAGGUGGUUGCUCAGAGGAAGAGAAAGAAGAUAAGAGGUGGAGGAGUAUAUGGGAGCUUGAAGUGCCAGGGGUGGUCAAGUUUUUCAUAUGGAGGGCUGGAAAUGAUUUGCUACCCACUAAAAAGAACCUUUUCAGGAGAAAAAUAGUUGCUGACCAAAAAUGUCUUCUCUGUGGUGCAGAAAUUGAGACAGUCAUGCAUGCUCUUUGGGAGGCAAAUGAUGUUUGGUCUGAUUCUCAAAGUUUGGUUCAGAAAUGGAGUAGCACAGAAUCUGAUUUCCUACACUUGUGGGAAAAACUUAUGGGAAGAUUGAAUAAGAACCAGCUUGAGGAGAUGACAAACUCAGAAAAGGAAGACCAGACACCAACUACUAGCAUUAAUAAGAAGACACGGGAAAAACCAGCAAAUGGUUUUGUAAAGGUGAAUUGGGAUGCUUCACUUGAUCUCAGGAGGAAAAGAAUGGGAGUGGGAAUUAUGAUCAGAAAUGAGGAGGGUGAGGCUCUAGUGGCUUUAUGUGAUCAAAGGCAAUAUGUGCAGAACUCAUCAGUAGCAGAAGGAUACGCACUUUGGAAGGCUUUGGAGCUGUGUAAUGACCUUAAUAUUCAGAAGGUCAUUUUCAAAGGGGAUUCUAAGGCUGUUGUAUUGGCAGUUUUAAGUAAUAAGGAAGAUUUGUCCUAUGGUGGUUCUAUAGUUAAAGAUAUACGGUCUGUUCUAGCAGACAGACCAGAUUGGUCUAUACAAUUUGCAUAA